AUGGUCCACACAGUCCCCAAACUAAAAGACCCAUCUCUCUUGAUUGAGAAGGCCUUCGUCAACGGCGAGUUCGUCUCCGCAGCAUCAGGCCAGACAUUCGACGUCCACGACCCUUCCACAGGCAAGAAGAUCGCCUCCGCCCCGGAAUUCAACAGAGAUGACACUGACAAGGCCAUCUCCGCCGCCACCGAGGCCUUCAAGACCUUCCGGAAAACCACCCCACGCGAGAGAGCCACCCUCCUCCGGAAAUGGUACAACCUGAUGCUCGAGAACUCCGAAGAUCUAGCCACUCUCAUCACGUGGGAGAACGGGAAGCCUCUCAACGACGCGCGUGGUGAAGUCGCCUACGCCGCCAACUUCUUCCAGUGGUUCUCCGAGGAAGCUCCACGCGUCUACGGCGACACCAUCGGUGCCUCCAUCCCAGGUAAUCGGAUCAUGACUUUCAAACAACCCGUCGGCGUCGCCGGGCUCAUCACCCCCUGGAACUUCCCCGCAGCCAUGAUCACCCGUAAAAUCGGCCCCGCCCUCGCCGCAGGAUGCACCGUGGUAGCCAAAUCGCCCGGCGAGACCCCCUUCACGGCGGCCGCACUGGCAGAACUAGGCCGACGCGCAGGAAUCCCCAAAGGCGUCGUCAACAUCGUGACCGCCCUCAAGAACACCGUCGAAGUUGGCGAGAUCUUGACCACCGACCCACGCGUGAAGAAGGUCUCCUUCACAGGCUCCACGAAUGUCGGCAGACUCCUAAUGAAACAAUCCGCCAGCACGAUCAAGAAACUCUCAUUCGAGCUCGGCGGCAACGCGCCCUUCAUCGUCUUUGACGAUGCGCCCGACCUCGACGCCGCCGUCGCAGGUGCGAUCGCUUGUAAAUUCCGCUCGUCAGGCCAGACCUGCGUGUGUGCGAACCGCAUCUACGUCCAGCGCGGCAUCUACGACACCUUCGCCGAGAAAUUCACCGCAAAGGUCAAAGACUUCAAGGUCGGCUAUGGCUUUGAUGAUGGUGUCACCCACGGCCCUGUGAUUCACGACCGCGCCGUGUCGAAAGUCGAGCAGCACGUGCGAGACGCGACGAACAAGGGCGCGAGGCUGCUCGUCGGAGGCCAGCGCCUACCUGACCUGGGUGAGAACUUCUACUCGCCCACUGUCCUUCGCGACGUCACCAACGACAUGGCGAUCGCGACCGAGGAGACUUUCGGCCCUGUGGCCGGGUUGUUCCCUUUCGACUCCGAGAAGGAAGUCGUCGCGGCCGCCAAUGCGGCGGAGGUCGGCCUCGCAGGUUAUUUCUUCUCAAGCGAUAUUGGUCGCAUCUAUCGCGUCGCUGAGGCCCUUGAGGUCGGCAUGGUCGGCGUCAAUACCGGCUUGAUAUCGGAUCCAGCCUCGCCCUUUGGUGGCGUCAAGCAGUCUGGGUUUGGCCGCGAAGGUAGCAAAUACGGCAUUGAUGAGUAUACUACCAUUAAAUCAGUAACGAUUGGAGGUAUCUCGAAUGAUCUGCAGGGCUGA